UUAGACGUGGAUUUGGCACCAAAAUGAAAUCCUCCCAUAUUCAUUCAGCAGUAUAAAACUGGUGAGCAGCAACUCUCAGCACUCUUCAGGUGAAAAGAGGGGUUCACUGUUACCAAGUACUUAGUGCUGCAACUGAAACUGGGAAAAAGAGAUGGCACCUGUCAAGAAGGGUAUCCUUGAACGUCUGAAUGCUGGGGAGGUGGUGAUUGGCGAUGGAGGUUUUGUGUUCGCUCUGGAAAAGAGGGGAUACGUAAAGGCCGGGCCAUGGACUCCCGAGGCUACUGUCACACAUCCUGAGGCUGUGCGACAGCUGCACAGGGAGUUCCUGAGGGCAGGAUCUAAUGUCAUGCAGGCAUUUACAUUCUAUGCCAGUGAUGACAAACUGGAGAACAGGGGUCAAGUACUGAGAAUCACUGGGGCACAAGUCAACGAGGCAGCCUGCGACCUGGCACGGGAAGUUGCCAACGAAGGAGAUGCACUUGUAGCUGGUGGAGUGUCUCAGACUCCAUCCUACCUGAGCUGCAAGAGCGAGACAGAAGUGAAGGCCAUCUUCAAGAAACAACUGGAAGUGUUCAUGAAGAAGGACGUGGAUUUCCUUAUUGCUGAGUACUUUGAGCACGUUGAGGAGGCGGAAUGGGCCGUGCAAGUGCUGAAGACCAGCGGAAAGCCUGUGGCUGCUUCUCUGUGCAUCGGACCAGAGGGAGACAUGCAUGGUGUUUCACCUGGAGAGUGCGCUGUCAGGCUGGUGAAGGCUGGUGCCCAGAUUGUUGGAGUCAACUGCCACUUUGAUCCUAUGACCUGUGUCAAGGCUGUUAAGAUGAUGAAGGAAGGAGUAGAGAAGGCCAAGCUGAAGGCUCACUACAUGGUGCAGCCGCUUGCCUUCCACACCCCUGACUGCAACUGUCAGGGAUUCAUUGACCUGCCAGAAUUCCCCUUUGCCCUGGAGCCCAGAAUCCUGACCCGCUGGGACAUGCACAAGUACGCCAGAGAGGCCUACCAAGCUGGCAUCAGGUUCAUUGGUGGCUGCUGUGGGUUUGAGCCUUACCACAUCAGGGCUGUGGCAGAGGAGCUGUCCCCUGAGAGAGGUAUAAUACCCCCUGGCACAGAAAAACAUGGAAUGUGGGGUUCUGGUCUGGAGAUGCACACCAAACCUUGGGUUAGAGCCAGGUCCCGUCGUGAAUACUGGGAGAAUAUCAUGCCCGCAUCCGGUCGCCCCAAGUGCCCGUCCCUUUCCACACCGGAAAGCUGGGGUGUGACCAAGGGCCACGCUGACCUGCUGCAGCAUAAAGAGGCCACCAGCACCCAGGAAAUGAAGCAUGUGCUGGAGAUGCAGAAGAAGGCCAAGUCCUCCGCAUGAGUGAGACAGCGUGAGGAAAGCAUUGGAUUAACAGCAGAGUGACGACGGGGAGAAGGAGUGAAGUCUUUCCCAGUUCAGUUUGGAGAUUAAAAAAAAGCACUUGUAACAGUGAUGCUCCAGUUGUGGAGUAUUACUAUGUAAACCCCAAAACAAUAAACCUGACUUUGUUACUUAA